GAGAAGUCCUCCAAAGCUCUUGUGGAUCUUGAGAUGCAGUUUAAUGAUGUGGAGUGGAAGUUGGAGGAUGUGGAAGUCAAGAAUAGAGAUGUGGUGGAAAAGAUGACAAGAGAGGUUGAGGUGUACAAGGAGAAGAGAAACAACAUGGAAGGGGAACUGAAAGCUCUUCAGUGUGUCCUGGAAACUAAAGAGGAAAGAGGAUAUAACACAAAGACUGAAGAGCUUAUGGGUCAAAUUGAUAACUUGAAAAUUUCAAAUGAAAAAGUUUCCAAAGAUUUGGAUCAAAAGAUUUUGGAAACUGAAGAAGCUUUAGCGGAAGUUCAAGAAUUAAAGAUUUUAAAUGAAAGUCUUGAAGAAAAACUUGUAAAAUCCACAGAGGAUUUAGCUUUGGUGGAUCAACAAUAUAAAGAACAAGUUCAAGCGUUGGGAGGAAGGUUGGAAGAUGCGGAAGAUGAAAUGAAGAUGUUGAAAGAAGAAGCCGAGAACGGGAACCACCAGCUGGACUGUCAGGUUCAACGUGGGUUGGAUCUUGAAGCUGAGAUCUUGGUGUUGAAAACCAAGCAAGAUGAUUUGUUGUUGAAGAUUGGCGAGAAAGAAGAAGUUCUGUUAAGGCUUAGUGAUGAAAAUAAGAAUUUAAAUGCUGAGAGAAACAACUUGCAAAAAGAUUAUGAAGACUUGCAGGUGAAACUUGAAGUUUCUUUUCAGGAGUGUUCUGUUCUUCGUGAAAAAGUUGAUCGCGAGAUUGAAAAACAUGAGGCUCAUGUUAGUGAGCUUGAACGGAGGGGUAAGGGCUCGGAGGAAGUGAAAAGCUCCCUGGAAGAUAAAGUGGGAGAGUUGGUGGAGCAGUUGGAGGGUUUGGGUGAUCAACUUCAUAGAAGGGAAGCUGAUAAUGAAGGGUUGAUGGAAGAAGUGAAACGUUCACAAGAUGUUGUUGCAAUGAAAGAUAUUAAGUUACAUGACAUGGAAUAUAAAUAUCAACAACUUGAAGUUAAUCUUAAAGAUAAAGAAACACAAUUUGCUGAAUCCAUGGCUACAUUAGAAGCAAACAUGCUGCAAGGUAAUGUUGAUUAUCAGCAUAAAGUUGAAGAGUUGUAUCUUAAGGUUGGAACUCUUGAAGAUAUGAACACAAGACAUGAUGAAACCAUUGAAGGGUAUGUUAGAAGUUUGGAUGAAUUUAAAUCAACUGUUGCUGAGUUGAAAAUUGUGAACCAGAGGUUACAAGAUGAUCUGGAUCAAAAUCAUUAAAUAUUUCUCAACUUGAAAAUGAUAUUUGUAAUUUAAAAGAAAAAGA